UUUGUCUUUGUUGUUAUUAAACUUCAGUUAUGUCUGGAAAUGACAAUAUUGAUCCAACCACGGAGACGAAUGCAGAAAUAAGUGAAAAUGAAAAGCCAGAAGAAAAGGAAGAGUCAUUUGUGGAAAAAAUGGACGACAUGUUUAAAUUUAGUCUUGCCAGUUUUUCUGCUAUUUCGUUAUGCUUAUUGUACGACACACCAAAUAACAAGGAUUACAGGCACAGCUUCAUUGAUUCUUUGGUUAGCCAUCUUUCUUUAUCCAGUGGUGUAGGAAACACAAUGAAAGCCUUAUCUGACAAUGACAUUUCACAAGAAUCCGAUGUUUUCAUUCAAAUUAUAAUUUCAGACAAGUGUAUGAAGGAAAACCGACUGAACCUUGUUAAAGAUUUAGUCCACUGGUGUGUGACAUCAUCUGGUGGGAAAUAUGAUUCACGAUCACGGUUUCUCUUACGUCACAUGACUUGGCAACUUCACGUGAAGUUAGAGGACCUGGAAGAUGUAGAAGAGACAUUGAUUAAGAUGUUGAGGGAACAAACGGAGAAGGAGAAAUUAGAGAAUGACUCUGUUCGUGCAAAAAAGGCUCGAAAUCAAAAAAUUAAACGGUUUGCUCUGGUUGGUCUAGCUGCUGCAGGAGGAGGGGCUUUGAUUGGUUUGACUGGUGGUCUUGCAGCGCCUCUAGUGGCUGCUGGUGCAGGAGCGAUUAUUGGAGGAACAUCCGCAGCUGUUCUCGGAUCUGUUGCUGGGAUCGCUGUCAUCACUUCCUUAUUUGGUGCUGGAGGAGCAGGAUUAGCGGGAUAUAAGAUGAAGAGAAGAGUUGGAGGGAUCGAUCAGUUCUUCUUCUCUCCUCUCACCAGCUCGGAUCAGCUAUCCCUCACUAUUACUAUCUCAGGAUGGUUGUCAGGAGAUAAUGAGAGCAACUUCUUUGACGUAUGGAGCCACAUAAACCAGUCAAGGGAGCAGUACAGCAUAGUGUGGGAGUCAGAGCACUUGAUGAGGCUUGGUAAUGCAUUUGAAUAUAUUCUUGAAGGAAUUAUGAGUUAUGCUGCUACUGAGGCACUAAAGUACACAGCAUUGGCAGGUUUGUUAGCAGCCAUAGCAUGGCCCGCUACAUUAGUUUCAGCUGCUGGUGUCAUUGACAAUCCAUGGAGUGUAUGUUUACAAAGAUCAGUACAGGUUGGGAGACAACUUGCAGAAGUUUUGUUAGCAAGAGAGCAUGGGCAGCGACCGGUUACUUUGAUAGGAUACAGUCUUGGAGCGAGAGUGAUUUACUUUUGUUUGGAAGAAAUGGCAAAACGAAAAAAGCACAGCGGAAUAAUUGAAGACAUUUACUUACUUGGUGCUCCAGUAAGUGGGAAGGUGGAAGAUUGGAAAAAGUUUUCAAGUGUUGUAGCUGGACAUAUUACCAAUGGCUACUGCAGAACAGACUGGUUGCUUCGGUUUCUUUACCGCACUAGUUCCCGCCAUACUGAAAUUGCUGGUCUUCAACCUAUUGCUUGGGAAAAUCGCAGAAUGAUCAAUAUUGACUUGAGCUCAAUCAUUGAAGGUCACCUUGAUUAUGCAAAGAACAUGAAUGCUGUGUUGGCAGCAGUUGGUGUUAGAACACGGAAAACCUUCAACAAUGAAGCAAAGAGUUCAAUCAGUUUGCCGAACAUGGCAGCAACUGCCACAGUUGAUUUGCCGGUCUCCAGCAAAUCCUGUGCUGAUAUCGGUGCUUUAGGUGAAGCUAAAGUAGAUAAAAAGGAAGAAACCAAAACAAAUGAAACCUUGGAAUCUGAAAGUAGUGCAGAUGAAAGCAAAAGUCAAGAAUGUUCUGAUACUCCAGCGCGGAAAGUUUAGUGGAAAAAUUUAUUUUUUUAUAUACGCUCUUAAAAGCUUUGCUUCAUACUUUUAAUUAUGUUUUUUAAAUUAGGUUUGGCUUCCACUUCACAAAAAAACAAUCGAUUUAUGAAACCAAAAGAAAAGUUUGCAUUUUUAAAGUAAAACUUAUGCUAAUUUCUCAAUUUUGAUUAGUCUGCAACAAAAUAAUUUUGAAAAAACCUUUAAAAAUUGGGAAAAGAAUAUUUGGUUUCUUUUUAAUACAUUAGGUUUUGUUUUUAUUAGUCUCUACAGUGUCUUUUUACAUUAGAUUAUGCCUUGCAAAUGUUAGGUGUUACCAAUUUGACCUGUAAAUUUAAAUUAACGUGUUUAGACAUUUUUGCGCUUACUGUACUAUCGGUAUUGUUAAUUCCAUUUUUUCGUACUGGUGUUUGCCAUUUGGUGUAUCUCAUUUUUUGCAACUGUGCAAUAUGUUUUAUAUUCUCUUUCAUUGUUUAUGAAGCAACAUUUAAGGAAAUAAAUUGUUCCUAAAUGUA